AUGGACACGGACAGCUUCGUUUCCUUCGAUCAUGUUUCGCCGGAGGAUUCCCACGAGGUUCAUGUCUUGGCCGUUGAUGACAGCCUCGUCGAUCGAAAGGUCAUUGAACGCUUGCUUAAAAUCUCAGCUUGUAAAGUUACUGCUGUGGAUAGUGGAAUCAGAGCACUGCAGUUUCUGGGGCUGGACGAGCAGAGAAGGACCUCUGAAUCUGAUGGUUUUGUCCCGGAUUUGAAGGUGGAUCUAAUUAUCACUGACUACUGCAUGCCCGAAAUGACCGGUUACGAGUUGCUCAAGAAAAUCAAGGAAUCGACCAUGUUCAGAGAAAUUCCAGUAGUGAUCAUGUCUUCCGAAAACAUUUUGCCGCGCAUAGACAGAUGUUUGGAAGAAGGUGCAGAGGAUUUCAUAGUAAAGCCAGUGAAAUUAUCUGAUGUAAAACGGUUAAAGGGUUACAUGACACCCAAAGAGGUUAUUAAGAUGAGAAGCCAAGAAGACAGAAGAAGUGAUGGCUAUGUUAACGGUGGUGAUGGUGGUGUUCUGGAGAUAAACAACAAAAGAAAGCUGGAAGAGCAAGACACCUCUGACGUGUCAUUAUCACCACCGUCAACUUCUACCCUUUCAUCAUCACCGUCCGUUUCCUCACCAUCACCGUCAUCUUCUCCUACUUCUUCAGCCAGCGUGCUUGCCUCUCCAAUCAGACGGCUUAAAAUGACCAGCACCGAUUGACUCUCUGUUAUGUCAUCCACAGCAGCAUUUCUCUUUUUGCUCUUAAGAAUAUUUACUACUAUUAUUAUUGUUUUUCUCCUUCGGGGUUCGAAUUGCAAUUUCCCGUUGCGUGUAACGGUUUUUUGUUGCAUUGCCCCGCUCUUAUCUUUUGCUAAUUUAUUUUGUUUGUUUGCUAAAGUUAAUGAAGCAUAUUAUUAUUAUGUGGCAAAAAAAA